AUGGAUGGCAUUCAAACCGGCAACGCCUUAUUUGCAGCCUGGGAUGAUCGAUAUCCAGGCGCUUGGAAUCAACCUUGUUUGCGAUUUGAUGCCCUGUUCAAUGACUAUGCCGGCACAUCAACAUGCAACGAUCGAUUUCUUCAAAUUUUUACUUAUCUCAACUCUGAUAAUGCCCAACUGGCUCAAUAUCUCAUCUCCUCUUUUGAUCUAUACACAAUCGAGGAUACAGCAGCCGAAGACGUCUGGUCACUGCGAGUUCUUGCAAUGCGAAUUUCAUUGCAGAACCCUUUCUUGUUCUUUGGUAUUGACGAAUUUGAAAAAAACCAGAACAACAACCAAUUCUUUGAAGGGGACAAGUCGGAUCCUCGCCUUCGUCUGGAAAAUCCGCUUGUUGGCUUUUGGUUGAUUUGUACUGAAAUGUUUGAUUAUCCAUGGGCAACAACCUUUGAUGACGACUACUAUAACGAGCCGUCUUCGUCAAUCAUUUGCGGCAUCAAACAAAAACGGUUGGCACCUUUUCAGUCCUUUUUCCGACCAGAAAGUUCAAAUCAUCAUAUUCAACAUGCAAUCCAGAAGAUCGGUGAUCCAAUGAAUGACCAUUUGGACAAUGCGAUAGGCCAGUCUCAUUUGAACAAAACAACUUUAGUGGAUCAAAGGAAGCGUCAUCGUAAUCUGACCUACAAUAGAUACGAUGCACUGGUGGAUGAAGAAGGAUCGAGUGGGGGAAAUGCUGACAAUGCCGAGGCUGAGGACGACGAUGCCACUACUAUUGACGGUGAUGCCUACCAACAACCAAAUCAGGACGAUGAUGACGAUGAAAUACUAGUGACGGCGGUCCGAAACAACCCAAGACGCCCACCACUUUCUUCAGAUGAUGAGGACGACGGAGAUGAGGAUGAUAAUGAGGAUGCUGAUGCGGUGAGCAACGGUGGGGUGGUUCAGACAGAAUCUGUAGAAGCACUGGUGAGGUCAGAAGACGACAAUAUGGCGAUUGACAGCUUGACAAGCCCAACUCAGGUCUUUCAGGACAGCUCUUCAUUGAUCCAUACACCUCCACCUACACGUCGCCUUGCUCCACCGCCCACUCUUGCUGAGAAACUUAACAAAUUAAUUCAAGUUAACUUGGAUGGGAUGACCUGCAGAUGUCAUAUUUUUGAGUCGGACUCCGGCACGGUUGCUGAGCCAAUUUUAUCUGCGGUGCUGACAUCCAUGGAGGAAGCUUUGAACGACUCCUUUCACAAGUUGAAGAUCCUUCCUAUCUCCGACGACACUUAUAAACAACAGAACCGGUGGAUCCGGAACUUGGUUGAGUUACGCAACAAAAUUUUGUCCUACGGGGCCCUGAGUCUUUACUGCGAUAUGGAAUAUGGGAAUUCUCCUUAUGCAGCAACCAACAGCAAACCUGGUGAGAAGAAACUACGUACCCGAAUGCGGGUUGGCUUUGCAACGGACACGUCGGAAGAGGCGGUACAGGACUAUCUUCACACUGGUCUCCGUUCCCAGGGUCGCGGUGCCGGAUGUUACCCGUCGCCGCUUCAAUAUGGGGACAUUGUUAAAGUGGGUUGCUUUGCCUUCAUCCCGCCGGAGGUUAAUUUCAACGCCUAUGCAAAAGAAAUCAUGCGUCACUUUGACUUCUCUAUCCCUAUUAGAAUCAAGAUGGACUGGGUUUCUACACCUUACACAGGACGUGCUAAAUUCAACAAACGUUCCCCCGGUGUAACAAGUCCUCAUGGGUACGCUCGCAAGAUUCAUGCCAAAAGAGUUGAUCGAGAAUUAAGAAGCCUUCUUAAUCCAUCCACAGCAAAGCCAGACUUCCCCUUCGCUGCUCCGGCUACAUUUAUCAGUGAUUGGAAGUCGGCUCAACAGGGAUUGAUCAGUGUGAAGGCCUACGGUCCGGUUAAGGAUGCUACCCUCACCCUUAUUAGCAAACUACGUGAUUACUACAUCCUGACAGAGGUCCUGUAUUCGGUCACAGAUCUGCCCGGGAUGUUCAAGUUCGCAACUACUACUAUGUUUGGCUCAUGCACCUUGUUGAAGCUUCUCUUGUUGAUCAAGGCAACUCCAGCUCAAGCCGACAAAGCUUCUCAUGUCCAUCAAUCAACAACUGAGACUGAUGACUCAGACGAUGAUUCAGACAAUGACUCUUCUGCCGACGAUCCCAAUGAAUCCUCUGGCCUCAAAGGCGGUCAAUUCACAGAAGUUCGGUCUAAGAAGGCGGCAACAAAGGUGAAAAAGAAGGCAAAGAAGAAAAAGAAGUUGAUCACUGAUAAUGAGAAUCCGUUCCUUAACGAUCUCUCCCCAGCCCAACGGAAAAUGGCUGAGGUUGCUGACCGUAAGCUGAAGAAUGAUCAGGAGCGUCACAAGUCCGGUCCGCUGUUCUUGAUGGUUCUACCUGGCAAGAUGGAAGGACAAUUGGCUCAUAACGUCUUGAGGGGCUUGGUCCCUUUCCUGACUCAUCACCUGUAUGAGCCAACUCUGACAAAAACCGACCAAGUCCUCCGUAAAUGGGUUCCGCAAUCAGAGAUCAGUAUGGCUCGACGUAAGAACCUCAAAUGGUGCACAAACACUCUCCGUGCAGUGGAGGCUACCGCAUCGCCAGACGCGGUGGAAGAAGCACUGGAGUUUCUGGAUGAUGUGAUGGAAGACGCAACGGAUGUUUAUGAUGGGCAACUCUCGAUUGAUUUGGAUAUGGCUAACAAUAAAGAUAUUGAUGAUGGGAAGACCGUGACGGGAAUGAUGGACGAGAUGCAGGAACGCGAGCAACAACUGGAAGAUGCUUUCAAUGAGAUUGAGAUUCGGGACAAUGCACUGGAGGCUCAGGAACGCGCCUUGGCUCAACACCGUGCGGACAAUGCGGCACUGCAAGCACAGCUCACUGCCCUCCAGAGUCAGGCCAGCCAUCCACCCACCAUGAUGAGUCCGCCAGCUCUCACUCCACCCCACAACAAUCGCGUGUCCCCUGACCGGACAAAACCAAAGAAGGCCAUCAAGCAGGGCAAAGCUAAACAACCAGCCAAGAAGGCCUGUACAAGUGCAGGUGUCCAAUUUCAGGAACCAUCUCCUGCCCAACCCUCGACAGACUCGGCUGUCCAAGUAGACACGUCUCACAUGGAAGGGGAUAACACUACUGCCGCGUCUCAAGAUGAGAGCCAAACCUCCUCUCUUACUGCGUCUACCCCACGAGGUGGAGGGUCUCCAUUCUUAUCUCCUCCUCCUGGGAAGGCGCACAGUGAUGGCGCCAGGGAUUGGUCUGGCAAUGAUCACCGUCGCCAUUCUUCACUGGCUACUCGAGUCUGUUUCCAGAAUGUCAACGGAUUACCAGAAAACGGCAAUGACUCAAAGCAGCAACAGAUCAACUCCUGGCUGAAGGAGGAACGAGUGGGAAUUGCGUUGUUGGCAGAGGCCAAGACGUUUUGGCCGUCUAUCAAUGAAGGUCACGGGUGGAGUGACAGACUCCGUCAAGCUACAAUGAAGUCCGAGCAAAAAGGGUUUUACUCGUCGGUAGCUUACAAUCGGCAUCAGGACAGAUCUGCUGCCACCUCGGCGGUACAAUGGGGUGGGUGCAUCGUAACCGUUUUGAACCAAGUGGCGCACAGGGCUAAGGAAGCUGGCAGAGACCCCACGGGUUUAGGACGGUGGGCCUAUGUCCGUCUCCAAGGAAGGAAGUUGAAAGCCCAUGGGGGUAAUGUUCAGGACUCUUUGGUUGAGGUAAAUGACUUAGUUCGUGGUCCGAUCUCCAAGGACUUAGUGGUUGUCUCCGCGUAUCGUCCCAACAAGCAAGGCCUCGGUGGAUCUACAGUAUGGGCACAACACAGGCUUCACUUUCAUGCAGUGAAUCGAAAAGUUAAUCCACGGAAAGCCUUUGUGGAUGAUCUUUGCAAACAGAUCACCAAAUGGCGUGAUGAAGGAUGUGAGGUGGUUUUGGGUAUAGAUGCAAACGAGGAUGUCACUGUUAACGCACCCCAGUCUAUCCGCCACCGCUUCCGGGCCUGCGGUCUUGAGGAGGCGAUCCUAAAACACCAUCCACCGCAAGCAACCCACCAGCGCAACCAACGGAAAAUUCCGAUUGAUGGUAUCUUCACCACUUCAGGAGUACCAAUCCUUGCGGGUGGGUACUAUGCCUUUGACGAAUGCUUCGAUUGCGAUCAUCGCGGAUUGUGGAUUGACAUUGAUCUUUCCGCCUCCUUGGGCAACUUCCAACCUCAGAAAUCCAACUUCAAGCCACGGAAGUUGUCCCUUCAAGACUCUUGA